AUGGCCACAAACCAAACAGUGUCAGAAUCAUCCCGAGCCAAGAGAACCAAAAGGGUUUCAACCAAUCAGAAUAAUCCUCAAAAUCCUCUAGUUAAUCUUCCGGAGGAUAUCGUAGAAAAUGUUUUCAGUUUCUUACCCAUCAAAGAUGCAAUUGAGGCUGGCACUGUGUCAACCAGGUUCAAAAGAUCCUGGCUCCUAAAUCGAAAAUUCUUGUUUGGCAGAGACUUUGCUCUGCGAUUCCGUCGAGAAGAACUAAUUGAAUUGAUUGAUAGGCUCUUCAAUUCUCAUAAGGGUCCUCAGAUCCAUUCUUUUCAGUUACAUAUAGAUCCAUUUGGUAUAGGAGUUUGGAUAGAUAAAUGGCUUAGAAUUUGCAUUGCUAAAGGAAUUGAAGACCUUGAGUUUUAUUUUUUGCAACCUGGUUAUAACCUUGAUGCUGAUUUUAUUGACAGCCUCAAAUCCUUGAGAACUUUAAAGCUUGUUUACUGUGAAAUCCAGUUGUCACCUGUCUUAAAAAGUUUGAAAUUUUUGAACACUUUGGUUCUCUGGCACCUCGAGCUAACAGAAGUGAAGCUUGAGACUUUGAUAUUCCAUUGUAAGUUGCUUGAAAUUCUAGAUUUGUGUCAGUGUUCCAAAAUUCGCCAAGUGAACAUAUUUGCUAGGAACCAUAAAAAUUUCAAAAUGUUGAAAAUUGCUAGCUGUCCUGAUUUGGGAGGGAUUGAAAUUGAUGCACCAACUCUUGGUUCUGUUUUCUAUUGUGGGUUUAUCCCAAGAAUCCGAUUUGGUCAGGGUGUCUCAUUGAAUGAGGCUUUCUUCAACUUUAUGCCAACCAGAACCUAUAUGCCAGCUUCUGAGGUGGAAAUUCUGGUCACUGAUCUCCACAAUGUCAGGGUUCUUACCGCCUCAGCUCUAUUUCUAGAGGCUUUAGCUGCUAGGGUUCGUGAUGGGAUUUUUGGAGAAGCAAAAUUCCGCUUAUGGAGUUUAAGGGAACUUCAGUUGUUUAUGGAAGGGGGAAUUUUUUGCAAUCCCUAUGAUAUUGUUAUGUUUCUCAAGAAUUGUCCAUGUCUGGAGGCACUGUUCAUCGAUGUGAGUGUUACUGAUUGA